CGUAGCUCAAGUGGCCCUUGCCUAGCUUGGAUCGCGCUUGAACGUUUUGACUUGAUCUUAGACACACUGAUGGUCGGAUUUCGUAGAACAAGACCCUAGCCUAGCGGGUGUGCUUGGAUCGCUUGAACGUUUGUUUGAACUUGAUCUUGACUUCAUUCACCCUGGACACAUUGACAGCCGGAUUCCGUGGCUCAAGGCCUUCGCCUAGCUUGGAUCGCGCUUGAACUUGGCUUCACGUACCCUGGACACAUUUUCAGUCGUUUCUUAACUCAAGGCCCUCGCCUAGCGGGUGCUGUGCUUGGAUCGCUUGAACCUUUUGAACUUGAUCUUGGCCCUACGUGGUCAAACACACUGACAGCCUGAUUCUGUGGCUCAAGGCCCUUGGCUUGAACAUUUGAACUUGAUCUUGCCCGUGACACAAUGAUGGCAAGCGCGGCGGGAACCUUCGAGGAAGACUUCGCCACCGCGGCGUACCUGGAGAACACGUCGGCGGGGUUCCUCCUCACGCCCACCGAAGAGAUUCUCCUGAACGUGACGGGCUCGGGGAACGGUACCGAUGGCGUCGCCCCUCGCGACCCUUCUCCAGCCCUCCUGAAGACUGCUCUAAUGUUCUUUACGGGAGUUCUGAGUAACGUAAUCGCACUGGUUGUCCUGUGUUUGUCCCGUAGAGAGAGACGACGCUCCGUGUUCUAUACCCUGGUCUCAGGGCUGGCCUGGACAGACCUUAUAGGAACGCUGGUGGUCUCACCCUUCGCUCUCAUUGUCUACGCCAACAACUUCAAAUGGGUCGGUGGAGAACCGCUCUGCAAGUUCCACGCCUUCGACAUGGUAGCGUUCGGACUGUGCACGAACCUGAUCGUAGCCGUCAUGGCCGUGGAGCGGUACAUCGCUCUCAGUCACCCCUACUUCUACAACAUCCACAUCGACCGCAAAAAGGCUCGCAUCGCCAUCGCCUGUGUGUGGAUAUACACCAUACUGUUCUCUCUCCUACCUUUCGUCGGGGUGGGCAGGUACGAGAUCCAGUACCCGGGUACGUGGUGCUUCUUCAGCACCGCCGGGAACCUAACCCUCACCGAGGCGGUCUACCCGUACGCUUUCGCCGCGACGGGUAUCCUGAUCAUCCUGGGGACGACUGUUCUGAACGUGUCGCUGAUCUUCACCAUGUUCAAGAUGCGGAGGCGGUCCCUGGAGAUGCAGACGUGCCGGGAGAUGAGGCGGCUCAGGAAGGAGAAGGAGAUAGAGAUCCAGAUGGUGGUACUGCUGGUGGGGGUCACGGUGGUCUUCACCAUCUGCUGGGGACCCAUCAUGGUGCGAAUCAUCCACAAUACGUCAGGGGGCGCUGUGAACCACGCCGCCGACCUGUUAGCGAUCAACAUGGCGUCCAUCAACCAGAUUCUCGACCCGUGGGUCUACAUCCUGUUCCGGAAGGAGUUGCUGAUUCUGUUCUUUCGCUUCCUGCGGGUCAUCCUGUGCGGAAAGGCCCGGAUGUCGAUCGAGCCUUCCAUUGGUUCCGGAGGGAUCGGUUCUGGCGGGAGAACGGAGGGUCACGUGACGAGACCGGCCCGGUUUCAGGAAGACUUUAGCGUUAUAGUGAACGGCAGCGCGCAGAAUAAUCAGAUUGAGAUGACGGAACUAGUUUAA